CCGGUCGGAGGCUUUGCUGGAUGACAUUCAUGUCCCCAGCUGACAGCAGGUGCACUCGAGGGUAUAUCACAUUUUCCCUUUUAUUUCUACCUCAUGAUUCCGUAUACAUCCUGGAUAAUGAGCGAUGCCUCAAAGCAUCCUCCAGAGAUCGACAUCUAUGAUAUCAUUUUGGAUCGACGGGAGGUUGUAUUGCGGGAGGACGAAAAAGCUGCUGGCCCUUAUUCGAAAUUAGAGGGUGUUGUUCGGUUGCACCUGAACGCCCCGCUGAAAGGAGUGCGGGCGCUUUCCUUCCGCUUCGUUGCUGGGGCAGUAGCUAAAUGGGACAGUCCCGAGCUGAAUGCAAACCUUCGCGGUCCAGAGAGACUAUUUGACCGGACGAUUUAUCUUUGGGAUAAGGCGGAUCCUGACGCUGCUCCAUUCUUGGAUGCCCAACAACACGAGUUUCGCUUCGCUCUGAAAAUACCCGGCCGAAUGCCGCCCUCUCUGCGCUUCCCUCAAGGUCAAGUACAAUACAUGCUCGUUGCUGCUAUUGAAUGGGAGACAACAUGCUUUGGAAUACCCAUACCUUUCUGGUCGUGGAGAUCAAUCAUAACAAAGAAGGAAGUGCCAGUCCGCAAGAUUCCUGGCAAAGUUGAAAACGUUAUACGAAGAUUGAAAGAUAUGUCUCACCACGAUGAAAAGAAGGUUCGGAUCCUGUAUUCGGGGGAUGUGGAUGAAGGUCAUGAGUCAAGACCUCUGCGGCGACCCCUAGAUAGCGGAAGGACGGUUUGGUCCCCCAUUCCGGUGAUAGAUAUCACGUUGCCUACACGUUUUCCUUUGACGGAUCCUGUAAUUCCGGUCACCGUACAUACGGUGGAAGAUGCCGAACUGAUCGAAUUGAGAUGGACCCUUCGGCAGCAGGCUUUUUAUCGCUUCAUGUACAACAUGGCCCUCAGAGGCCCCAUCGAUACCUCCACCCACGCCAUACCACCAAAACAACGUGAAGAAGAGGAGGUCCUUCGUACAACUUAUGUAUAUCGCCCUGAGCCGUCGGAUCCUCUCAAUCAACCAGCGUCGAAUCGCCACGAGCUGCGAAUACCGCUGCUCGACGAUCCACCCGCCUCAGAAGUCGAAGCUUUGGAGGACCUUGACACAUCCGUAAUGAAAUUUCAGCACGUUGUUCAUAUCCAUGUCAUUUAUCGUUCAAAUUCUGAUAAUGACGGUGAGCGAUCUGAAGAGGAAGCUGAAAUCGAUCUUCCUAUCAUUUUGUACAAUCCGCCAAGUGAAGAUGAUACGAUCGGAAUAUCAAGCACACUGGGAAGUGGAAGUACCGAUGGCACAGCCGAAAGGCUGAUAUCGUAUGCUGCUGAACCUCCACCUGCGUAUAUGGACGGUUCACAGCCGCCACUGUAUCCGGGAGACUCACCGGAAGGAUUACGACGACGAAAGUAA